GGUCACACGGUCACACGGUCACACAAAACGAUGAACAAAAAAAGCCUAUUUAAAUGAGCGACUCCCUUUCGCCGCCUCCGAAGUGAUGAUUUUCUAAAAGUGAUGAUUUUCUAACAAUUAUUCCGCCUCUUGACGUCUUUUUUUUUGUGCAGUCAGCAGGGCGAGUCCUUCAUGGCGCGCUUGCGUCGCCUUCGCUGGCCGAUUCUAGCCAUCGUCUUUAUCGUCACUGCCUUAUCAUUCUUCGGAAACGUGAGGCGGCCCUUCGAGAUUCCUACCGGGCAGUCGUUCAGGGAGUCCGCCGAGGAGUCGCUUCGAGAACCCGUCGAGCAGCCAACCCACCCGAUACCCUCGCCGCCCGAUGACGAAUCUUGGGCAUUUGAUGUAAAAAGGGACAGCCUUAAUUAUGGACUUUCCGACAGCCAAUGCGAGGUAAAUAUCGACCUAGGGUUUCUGGUUACUGGGAGUAUACCGGCGCUCAUCAUAUCACAGAAUGCAUUCCCUAGUCUAUACCAAGAACUCGACCGCGCCCGAGAUUUUCUUCUAGAGCAAAAUAAACGAGUCAAAGAAUCGGACGUCCAGGUUGACGCAAAGAAAGAUUAUACCGGUCUCUCGCACGGUGAAUUCCACGUUAUGAUUUCGAAUGGCGAAUUAUACAUAGUUAAGGAAAAGAAAGGUGAGCCAGAUCGCUCCCGCGGCCUCGCAGCUCUCGCGAACAUGUAUCGCGCUAUAACUGCUAUUCCCGACCCUCGGUCGCUUCCGAACGUCGAAUUCAUCCUCGAUAUUGAAGACAGAGCAGCCAGAGGGGAAAAGAACGAGGAGCGUAUCAGAUGGACUUGGGCGCGCGAAGAGGAUAAUCAGUGGCUAUGGGUCAUGCCUGACUUCGACGGAUGGAGCUAUCCCGACGAUGGUAUAGGGUCCUACGUGCAGUUUCGCGAGGAUGCGACGGAGCUAGAGGCACAAUAUCCUAACGGCUGGGAUGAUAAAGAGGACAAGCUGUGCUGGCGCGGGAGUCUGGCCGUGAAUCGUAAGCUACGAACCGCUUUGGUAGAGGCUUCGAAAGGUUAUGAUUGGAACGAUGUCGAGGCCAUCGAUUGGCAUAACCGCUCGAAUAUCAUGGCCAUGAAAGACUUUUGUCGGUUUAAAUACGUUGCCCAUACCGAAGGCAAUUCGUGGAGUGGACGACUGCGAUACCUACAGAAUUGCGAAAGCGUCCCGAUAAUUCAUCAGCUAAAUUACAUCUUUCACUACCAGCCCCUUUUAAAAGACAGCGGACCUCACCAGGUAUACUUCUUUGAUCUUCUGAUUGUUGCGGAACCCGACUGACAUCGCCGGCUAGAAUUACGUCAAAGUAAAACGCGAUUGGUCGGACUUGAAAGCGCAGAUGGAUGGGCUCAUGGCGGAUCCCGAUCGAGCGCGGCGGAUCGCGAAAGAGUCUGCGAAAGUAUUUCGAGACCGCUACCUCACACCAGCUGCCGAGGCUUGCUAUUGGCGGCGGAUGAUUCGCAAUUGGCGCGCCGUGAUGGAUUUCGAGCCGCGGCGGUACGAAACUAACGAUGAUGGCGUCAAGGUCAGAAGAGGCGUGAGUUGGGAACGGUUUGCCUUCAGGCAGAAUAAGAGCUUCGAGCAUGGAUUCUGGGAGUCUGAUAACAGCGACACGGACGGAGCCGAGUAAGGUUGCCUUUUCACUAGGCAAAAAUUAUUACAGAUAUCUAUCGCCUACGAUUUGCUAGGACUCGCGAGGGCUCUCGAGGACCCAAGCGUCGGCCAUCUGAGAUGGCAAGUCACCGCGACAUCAUUUAACUAUCAGCCGGUGUAGACUGCCCCGGAUGUACGGCAUAAACGGGCUGUGUUUGCGCAUCCUGACGAACCUAGACACACGCACAUAUCAGGUAGAAGUGGAUCAGAGCUAGG